AUGAAACUGGUGGGACUUGUGCUUUGCUUAGUAGCUGCCGCUGCUGCUGCUCCUGGCCGCGAUCAGAUCGCACUAGCCCCGCUUGGUGGACGUGUUGUCGGCGGCGAGAACGCCCAACCCGGCGAGUUCCCAAGCAUCGUAUCCCUCCAGCGGUUGAUCCUGACAACGUCGGCUCACAUCUGCGGUGGUUCCAUCAUUAACGCCCGAUGGGCCUUGACUGCUGGUCACUGUAUUACAGAGUCACCCGAUGGAGCACGCUUUGCCGUCUGGGCCGGAGCGCACAACAUUGGGGCAACCGAAGCAAACCGGCAGGUGGUGAACGUCGAAAACUCUAUUGUACAUCCUGAGUAUCUCGGAGGAGUUAACCCGUCGGAUGUUGCUGUUCUGUUUCUGGAGGAAGCUCUAAUUAUGAACCAAUUCGUACAACCGGCUGUGCUUCCCGCACAGGGGAAUGUAGCCGUUCCUGGACCGGCAACUCUUGCCGGAUGGGGCAGCACAUCGACGGGAAUCAUUCCCAGUAUGCCGAGUAUCCUGCAGAGAGUCGACAAACCGAUUAUCGAUUACGCUACCUGUGAGACAGCGGCCGGAGGACCCGGAAAUUCUCCACUUGGUCCAACCAACGUCUGCACGGGACCGCUAACCGGCGGAAUUGGCGCUUGUUCCGGUGAUUCGGGCGGUCCACUGUAUGUCAUGACGAACGGUGUCCAGACCCAGGUCGGUAUCGUUUCCUGGGGAUGGAUCCCGUGCGGUUCCGUCGGUCGCCCCUCGGUGUAUGUUGGUGUUGCAAGCUAUCGCUCGUGGAUAGACGCGGAGAUAAGCUGA